CUACCGCCUAUAGCUGGCAACCGGCAGCUACUGACCUAAAUAUCCAGAUUAAGUAGUAUGGAGUACCCAAUCUAUGCUCAGAUCUACUGUAUAUAUAAAAGGUGACCUUCUCCCGCCAGCUUAGAUCCACCCCAGCUAGCUUCAGAGAAACACACGCGCUCACACAGAGGGAGAAAGCAUCCCAGUCGCAGAGGAGAGGAGAGGACAUGGCAACACUAGUCACUCCGGCUGCCCGGGCGUCCGAACUGAUGGCGCAGGGACGCAAGUCCGCCGCCGCCCUCGAGGCCCUGCUCCAGGUCCAGGACGACCACGCCGGGAUACGGGAGCUCGCCGCCGAGAUCCUUUGCUGCUGCGAACGCGCCCUCGCCGCCCUCCACGGCAAACCAGGCCGGAAGAAGCGCAAGUUGGGGCCCCAGAGCGCAGCCACUGAGACAACCCAGACCAAAAGAAGGACGCGCGCGAGCAGCAGAGAGACGGCGGCGACGCCGACGAGGGUGGAGAGGAAGCAGAACUGGGACGACGGCUUCGUGUGGACCAAGUACGGGCAGAAGCACAUCCGGGGCAGCGACCACCCGAGGCACUACUUCAGGUGCGCCGAUUACACGCUCGACGCCGGCGGCUGCCCGGCCAGGAGGCAGGUCCAGCGGUCGGAGGAGCACGACCCUCCCCUCUACGUCCUCACCUACUUCGCCGACCACACCUGCUGCCACGGUGGCGAGGCGGCGUUCGCCGCCUUGGACGACGUCAAGAUCCUCGACUUUGGGUCCGUGGGCAGCCGCUCGCCACGGCCUGACGACGGUGACGAUCCGAGUGGAAAAACCUCACUCUCGGAGGAGCUCCCAGCCGAGGUGGCCAAAGUCGAGUCAACGCCGUUGCCAGACAUGCGGCCGGCGGGGAAAGUGGCGGAGCUGAGCUCCUCCACCGACGACAUCCAUUGUUCCUCCUCCUGGGAGUCAGCGGCUGUCUGCUCUGACUGGGAUUUCUUUGGCAACUGCUCCUUUGAUUACGUUAGCGAGUUCUUCGAUGUCGAAGACAUUGCUUUGUACCGAUAGCAUGUUUCGCUUGUGCCAACGCUCUCCUUCCGUCGGUGAAGCACGGAUUCGAUGGCCGAAAAGCCGUCAGUAAAGCCUCA